AUGCAGCUUACCACCUUCCUUUCCGCCGCUACGGCCAUUGUCGCAACUGCCUCCGCCAGGAGCGCGGUCGAUUUGAACAAGAGCUGCGACCAGAAACAGCCCUUGGCUCGCAUCAUCAAUCGAUGCGACUAUCCCGUCUACCUAUGGUCCGUCUUCAAAGGCGAUGGUUGCCCAACCGACCAGAUGGUGACCCUGAAGAAGGGCGAGACCUACAGUGAGAACUACCAGGAUCCCCAGAACGGCGUCGGCAUUUCCAUCAAGGUUUCAAAGUCGGAGAAGUGCAAGAGCAACGACAUUGUUCAGUUGGAGUACUUCCUCGAGACGACCAAGCCCGGAUUCUCCUACAACUACCUCGACGUAUCCUACGUUGAUUGCCAGGACGGCGGCUGCCCUACCAAGAACGAAGGAUACUACCUUCAAGCCGGCAACCAGACUGGCAAAGUCUCCGCUUCGGCCACUAACACUUGGUGCCCUAUCCUUUCUUGCACCGAUGCCGCCUCUUGCGCAAAGAUCUCGUACAUCAACCCCGAUGAUGUCCAGACUAAGACUUGCGACUUGGACCAGAACACGAACUUCUACAUGUGCGGCGGAGAGGCACCCGAUGAGGACUACAGCUCUGCGCCCGCUGCCUCUUCCAAGCAGGCCGAGUACUCUGCGCCCGCUCCUACUUCUACCAAAGCCAGCGCGCCCACCCUCAACUUGAAGGUCGAUGUUGCCGCCGUCACCAAGGCUCCCGCAGUCAAGGAGGUCGAGAAGCAGCAGGAUGCCAAGACCAAGACCCAGGUCGAAGUCGUCUAUGUCACCGCCUUCGAGUACGUCAACGCUAAGAGGCACGCUCACGGCCACGCCCGCCGUCACCAGCCUUUCCACGCAUAA